AUUAUCCAAAUUACUCAAAAGUUAUCUCGGUGAGGUAGAAUCUUAAUCCAGUCACGCAUACAAAUUGCAAUUUCAAAUAACUUUUUCUUUUUCCCUAAGUCAUAAGAUUACAAUAUCUCGUGUAUAUCUAUCCAUAUUAUUAUCCAUAAUAUUAGUAAUAAUUAUUCGGAGAAAGAAAAUUACUAAUAAAUGACAAUUAUGGAUAAGAUAAUUUUGUUUUCUUCGAAGAUAAGUUCUAAUCAACAAUUAACAAACUAAUCGUACAAUUAAACUCUUCUUUCAUAUUCCCCUAUAAAUACCAAACAGGAUCAUCCGUAAUUCUCAUCAGCAUUCACUCAGUUUGCGUUUCCUUUUCGUUUGAUUUAGAGAGAGAAAGAGAAGUGAUCUAAAAAGAUGGAGCUCGACUUGACACCAAGGUUGGCGAAGAAGAUCUACGGCGGAGAUGGCGGCGCGUACUACGCGUGGUGCCCCAACGAACUCCCGAUGCUCCGCGAAGGCAACAUCGGCGCCGCUAAGCUCGCCCUCGAGAAAAACGGCUUCGCGCCCCCUCGAUACUCCGAUUCUGCUAAAGUUGCUUAUGUUCUUCAAGGCAGUGGAGUGGCCGGCAUCAUCCUACCAGAGAAAGAAGAAAAGCUGCUCCCAAUAAAAAAGGGCGACGCCAUAGCCCUCCCCUUCGGCGUCGUAACAUGGUACCACAACAAGGAAGACACCGAGCUACUCAUCCUCUUCCUUGGCGACACCUCCAAAGCCCACAAACGCGGCUCCUUCACCGACUUCUUCCUCACGGGCCCCAAAGGCAUCUUCACGGGCUUCUCCACCGAGUUUGUCAGCCGGGCCUGGGACGUCGACGAGCCCACCGCCAAAGCCCUAGUCUCCAGCCAGCAUGGCCACGGCAUAAUCAAGCUCGGCCCAAACACAAAGCUCCCCGAGCCCAAUAAGGAGCAUUAUAACGGCAUGGCCCUCAACUGCGAAGAGGCCCCACUUGACGUGGACAUCAAAGGUGGGGGCAAGGUAGUUGUUUUGAACACCAAGAAUUUGCCUCUAGUUGGGGAAGUUGGGCUUGGGGCAGACCUUGUUAAACUGAAUGGCAGUGCAAUGUGUUCUCCCGGCUUUUCGUGUGAUUCGGCUCUGCAGGUGACUUACAUUGUGAGGGGUAGUGGGCGUGUACAGGUCGUGGGAGUUGAUGGGAAGAGGGUUUUGGAGACUACUAUUAAGGCUGGGAAUCUGUUUAUUGUGCCCAGGUUCUUUGUGGUCUCGAAGAUUGCGGACCCUGAUGGCAUGGACUGGUUCUCCAUCAUAACUACUCCUAACCCGAUUUUCACGCAUUUGGCGGGAAGGACUUCGGUGUGGAAGGCGCUGUCGUCGGAGGUGCUUCAGGCGGCUUUUAAUGUUCCGGUUGAAGUCGAGCAGAAGUUCAGCUCGAAGAGGAAGGGGGAAGAGAUCUUCUUCCCGCCACCUAGUCAGUGAAGCUUUGCUCGGGAGUUCUAUUGUUAAUAAUUAAGUAUUUUAUUUUUAGUUCCAUUGUUAAUAAAUAAGUUGAUGUCGGCUGGGAUAGGUUUACUCUCUAUGGAGGCAGCCAUGCCCUGAGUGGACAUAUUUGGAUUAUUUGCAGAUAAUUUUUUUUAAGUUUUUGUUUGGUAAUUGGCAUUUCUUCUUCAUUACUCGUUAUCUUGCUUCAGUUGA